CAGCGCCCCCACAACCCAGCCCGCCAGCCAGCCUGGAGCCCGGCCUGCCCACGGUCGCGAGUCCGCCGUCCCCAACGCCCCCGCGCGCCCCGCAGCCUCCCGCCCAGGGAGCCGAAGCCCCGCAUUGCGCCCCGCCGCGCCACCAUGUCCUCGACGGAGAGCCCCAGCCGCACGUCGGACAAGUCUCCGCGCCCGCAGGUGGACCGCCUGCUCGUGGGGCUGCGCUGGCGGCGCCUGGAGGAGCCGCUGGGCUUCAUCAAAGUUCUCCAGUGGCUCUUUGCUAUUUUCGCCUUCGGGUCCUGCGGCUCUUACAGCGGGGAGACAGGAGCCAUGGUUCGCUGCAACAACGAAGCCAAGGAUGUGAGCUCCAUCAUUGUUUUGUUCGGCUAUCCCUUCAGGUUGCACCGGGUCCAGUAUGAGAUGCCCCUCUGUGACGAAGACUCCACCUCCAAAACCAUGCACCUCAUGGGAGACUUCUCUGCCCCCGCCGAGUUCUUUGUGACCCUUGGCAUCUUUUCCUUCUUCUAUACAAUGGCUGCCCUGGUCCUCUACCUGCGCUUCCACAACCUCUACACAGAGAACAAACGCUUCCCCCUGGUGGACUUCUGUGUGACUGUCUCCUUCACCUUCUUCUGGCUGGUUGCCGCAGCUGCCUGGGGCAAGGGCUUAACUGAUGUCAAAGGGGCCACGCGGCCAUCCAGUCUGACCGCAGCCAUGUCCGUGUGUCAUGGAGAGGAUGCAGUGUGCAGUGCCGGCGCCACACCCUCGAUGGGGCUAGCUAACAUCUCUGUGCUCUUCGGCUUUAUCAACUUCUUCCUGUGGGCUGGAAACUGUUGGUUUGUGUUCAAAGAGACACCGUGGUACGGACAGGGCCAGGACCAGGGCCAGGGCCCCAGCCAGGAGAGUGCCGCAGAACAGGGGGCAGUGGAGAAGCAGUAAGCAGCUGGCUACUCCCGAACUGGACAGCACCUCUUCAUCUCCUCCGGCUUCCACAGGACCUUCCUCCUCCUCCAACUCCCUUCCCCCGUCCUUCUGGGCUUUGAGAUUUGAGACAAUGGAUGGGUAGGUAGGCAUCAGCUAUUGGUUACCUGGGCAGCCCUCCACUGGCUCCCUCAUCCCACAUCCUGCUGGAGCUGCACAUGGCAGGAACUCGGUACUUCUUGUCUACCUGCCUGGACUCAGGUAUCCUACUGGGCUUUAGUUUGUGCCCUCAAGCCUCCGAGAGAGAGCCUGUGCUUGCUGCAGGUGAGGGCAAGAAACUAGAGUCUUGAUACUGGUCUCUAAAAGCUGCUCUCUGUUAUCCUUUGUCCAGUCUCAGUGCAGUGAGGAGGGGGGAAGUCAACUGGCAGCCUUACCCUGAUUCCUGUCUGGAGAGCCCAGCAGUGGUUUGAUGACAUCUCUCCAAUGCUGUCAUCUAGUCUCUGUAUCUUAUCUCUAGCCCUGCCCCACCAGUCCCAUGUGCUCCCCAGUCUCCUCUCUGACCUCUCUUUGUCCAUAGCUCCCACCAUGUGUGAAACAGGGAGACCCAUUACCCUAUCCAAGGGCCCUCUAAGGGUCCACACGAGGCCUUGACUCAAUGGGAGCAGACAGAGUUGCCCUUGUACCGCAGCUUCGAGGAAGAAAGCCAGGGAAGUUGCUGACGGAAUACAUUUUCUGUCCCCUCUGUUCUCCCUCAGCUGGAACACUGUCAUCAGCUCCCCAGACUCCACUUACUCAUGGAACCCCUAACUUCCUCGUCCUUUGUGGGCUUGGUUUUGUCUCACCCUUAGGAAACAAGAUGAGAAGGCUAGGAAUAUUUCCACUUCCUUCUCCCACCCCACCCCACCUGUCAGUCCAUCCCCCUUCCCUAACCUUUUGGAGAUAAGGCAUUUAAGAUCCUUUUCUUUUGUGGCAAGUCUGUCUAGGCCUUCGUUUCAUUCCUGUGGGCUGUGGGCGGGCCGAAAGGACCACCAUGAGGCUGAGGUGCCCAGCAGUCCCAGGACAUGGAUAGAUAGGCUUGCUUGUCCCUUACUGUCUGCUCAUCUUCUCAAACCAGCACCUUUUCUAGGCCUUUUAUACCUCUCCUUCCUCACCUUUGCACAGAGGUGUUCUAUCUCCUCAUCUCUCGAAGUCCUCCCUCACUUCCAUAUGGUAGCGGACUCUACCCCUUCCCCAGUCCCGGGCAGCCCGAUGCUAUUGGUGCUUCUUCACUUCGGGACCCAGUUCCAUAUUUGUCUUUGGUGUGUCUCCCUUUCCUGACACUCCCAUCCCUCCUCAGGCCCCAAGGUCUGAGAGUACCAAUUGAAGAAAUACCAUCUGCCCCCUACCCAGGUCAAAACCCCUUGGUCUACCCUGGCAGUAGGGCUGCUCAGGGAAAGAUGAAGAAGGAAGAAUCCAGCCAUUUACCAAUUUAAUGCCAAUUGAUCCACCUAGUAUACUAAAAAUGAAUGUGUUCUGUGCUAACCUGUUCUCAAGACAGGGUCAACCCUCUCCAACCUCCUCACCUUCCCCAAUGCUUCCCCACAUUAGGCUGUGUAUUACUUGGGUCCCUAGGGCUUAGAACCUUAAACUUUGGGCCAUCCAUUUCUUCUUUGGGUUAUAAUCCCCCACUUGAUGGGGGAGAGAGGUAAUGAUAUUUACACACAUCUAGAUG